AUGUUUGGGACGCUGGAAAUUUUGGUUGCCCUGGUGGUGUGUCUCCUGAUUAUUUAUAUUAUAAAUUUGCACCGUUCAAGCAAGUCCUAUCCUCCUGGACCUCUACGACUUCCUAUGAUAGGAGGCCUCUGGAGGUUAGCACUGAAGCUACCUCAAAAGGUAUUCGCUAAGUUGGCAAAGCAAUAUGGCAACAUUUAUACUCUAUGGAUGGGACCAAUACCCAUGGUUAUUCUUACUGGAUACCAAGCAGUGAAAGAAGGACUCAUACACCAAUCAGAAAACUUUGCUGACCGACCACAGACCCCUUUCAUCAAAGUUUUCACAAAAGAAAAGGGUAUUAUAUUUUCCAAUGGCCAUACGUGGAAGCAGCAGAGGAAGUUUGGACUAGUUACCCUGCGGAAGCUGGGACUGGGGAAGAAAGGCAUGGAGCACCAAAUACAAGAGGAAGCCCAUCAGCUUGUUGAGACUUUUGCAUGUGCAAAGGGGCAGCCCUUCAACCCUGCAUUGCCCAUCAGAAAUUCAGUCUCCAAUGUUGUUUGUGCUGUGGCUUUUGGACACCGCUUUUCCAUUGAAGAUGAAGAAUUCCUCAGUUUGAUGGAAAGCAUUGAAGUUAUCUUAGCAUUUACAACAAGCAAGUCCCAUGGUCUUUAUGAAAUUCUUCCAUGGCUUGCGGAACAUCUCCCGGGUCCACAGAAGAAAGCAAUAUCAUGCUUAGAGGUUGUGCUUUCCUUUGCAAAGAAGGAGAUAGAAAAACAUAAGGAGUAUCAGGCCAUGCACGAGCCACAGGAUUUCAUUGAUUUCUACCUUCUUCAGAUGGAAAAAAGCAAGAAUGACCCCAAUUCUACAUACAGUGAAGAGAAUCUGGCUCAGAGCAUUUUUGACCUCUUCAUUGCCGGAUCAGACACGUCUGCCUCAACUCUGCAAUGGGCUCUGCUCCUCAUGGUGAAUCAUCAAGACAUCCAAGAGAAUGUCCAUAAGGAGCUGGAAAAUGUCUUGGGCUCGUGUCAAUCAUUCAGCUAUCAAGAUCUAAAGAGACUGCCCUACACCAACGCUGUGAUUCAUGAGAUCCAGAGACUACAAUAUGUCUUAUUGUUUGGAGUCCCCAGAGAAUGUGUGAAGGAUGUAAACCUACUUGGUCUGCCCAUUCCCAAGGGGACCUUUGUUAUUCCAGAUCUUUGUUCUGUUCUUCUUGAUCCCAAGCAAUGGGAGACCCCUGAAGAGUUCAACCCAAAUCAUUUUUUGGACAAGGAUGGACAUUUUGUGCCUAGAGAAGAAUUUCUGCCUUUUGGUGCAGGUGUCCGUGCAUGUGUGGGAGAACAACUGGCAAGGAUCGAGCUCUUCAUCUUCUUCACCAGCCUAAUAAGGACAUUUAUCUUCCAGCUGCCAGAAGGAGAGAAAGAACUGAGUCGGGAACCUAUAGAAGGGCUGAGAACACCUCCUCACCCUUACAAGCUCUGCGCUGUUCUGCGCUGAAGGGCAUCAGGAACAAGGAAAAUCAUUGGUGCUAAGGCAUUUUUAAAGUAAUAGUUGUGUGUUCAAAUGGGCACCCAAUCCUAGCAUUUAGACGUUCAAAGGACACAGAGUGGACAUAUAAAUUUUAAUCAUUGAACUCAGAACACAAGCUGAGAUAAGAAGCCAGUGAGACACUGGAGGCAUGAAUUUGUAGUUUUAUUGGCAAAGAGGGUUUGGUAGUAAGUGGGAACUCCUAUUCUAGCCAAGUGAACAAAGAUUAAUUAUUCUUAGGGAAAGAAGAUUAAUUCCUACCCAGUGUCUUAAAGGGAUUUGGCUCUGUGCAGGACCCCGGAUCUGUUGUAAAAGGAGAACAGCAGUGAAUUAAUGUUUGGAAACUAAUGUUGAAAAGGGGAACUCUGUAAAGAAACAUUAUUAGAGAAACCAAAGUAUUAAACAAAACACCUCUCAGUACAAGAACACAGAAAUUAAACUUAAAGGGAGCUGUUGUGCCUGAAACAUAAUUAGUAUUCUGUUCUACCCUCAAAUUUUAUCUCAGCAGAAUCAUCCCCUGACUGUCCUUAUACCAUCCUACCAGUUUAAUAAAGUUGUUGUUUAGUUUCGAAUGUUA